UUUCUACAUAAUAAUAAAGGCUUGAAAAGAAUACCCACACAUUUUUAAAUCCUCUUGGCCAAGGAUUAGUCUCCUACAGCUUUCCCUGGCUCUUCCUCCCACUUCCCAACAAUCAUUGACACAUACCAUAUAUAUAGCCCAGGCUAUGACUGGACCAGCCAUCUCCUUAGCAUGUGGAGUGCUGGUGUUGGGUCAGAGGGGGUGGAGGCAGGGGUCUGGUGCCAGGACUGCCAGACUAGGCUCAGUCUCGUGCUCUGCCAUGCCAUCCCCUCGGCACCUUCCCCUCCUGGGAAUGAACGGGACUGAUGGCCCUGGGUAGGGUAAGAAGAGGAGGGCGGAAGGGGGGAAGCGGAUCAUGGUUUAUAAUUAAACACAAAUUCAAAAUAGAAGCAGCCUCAACAGAGCAGAGACAGGCAGUUGGGAACCUGCCUAUCGGGAGACCGUAGCCAGUGCCUGGAACCAGGCUAGGCCCUCUCCACAGGGCCCGCACAAGGACAGCAAUGGGAUGCCCUCCCCUGUUUUCCAGGAUGGAUUCACUGCAGAGACAGGACCUGCGGAGGCCCAAGAUCCAUGGGGCAACCCGAGUUAGCACCCAGAACCUCGCCCCCUACCAGACACCCACUUUGGCCUACCUGCAGCGCCUGCUGUGGAUUCGAAGGGCCACCUCAAUGAGCCACAUCAAUGAGGUCUGGCCCAACCUCUACCUGGGAGACGCAUACGCAGCCCGGGAUAAGAGCAAACUGUGCCAGCUGGGUGUCACCCACAUUGUGAAUGUGGCUGCUGGCAGGUUCCACGUUGACACGGGCACCAAAUUCUACCGAGGGAUGCCCGUGGAUUAUUAUGGGAUUGAGGCUGAUGACAAUCCCUUCUUUGACCUUAGCAUUUACUUUCUGCCUGCAGCAAGAUACAUCAGAACAGCUCUCAGCAAUCAAGGCCGUGUAUUUGUGCACUGUGCCAUGGGGGUCAGCCGGUCUGCCACACUUGUCCUGGCUUACCUCAUGAUCUGUGAAAAUAUGACCCUGGUAGAGGCCAUUCAGACUGUGCAGACCCACCGAGACAUUUGCCCCAACUCAGGUUUCCUCAGGCAGCUCCAGGUCCUGGACAGUCGGCUGGGGCGGGACAUGGGGAGACUCUGACUCGUCAGGUAGCUGGGAAUAGAGACCCGUUAGGGGGUCUCUUCCUUCUACUUGCAUUGAAGAAGACUGGCAACCUUCACUGUUUACAAAUGGACCCUGAGAUGUAAAUAUCAAACGUAGGGGCAUCAGAUGGCAGGGGUGGGGAAAGGUUGAGAGUUGACGUUUAACAGGUGAAUUUGCUCAACAUGUUAAAAAAAGAUUCUUUAUGAGUAGAAAGUUUGGUCUCAAUCUAUAAUA